CCAUGAUAUACUUUGGCCAUUGAUACUUUUGUGCGGCGCAACCGCUCCCUCCGGGCAAUAUGGGUUUGGAGCGUGGGAUGCAGGCCGUCGUGACGACGGUUGUCUUCAAUGUUCUGGCAUUCGUUUUCAUCCUCAUCCGUUGCGUGUCUCGUUUCGUUGUCAUCAAGCAAGCGGGCCCAGAAGAUUACCUGAUCAUAUUUGCUUUUAUUCUGUCCAUCGGUCUCACCGCGACCAUAGCCCUGCAAAAGGAGCAUGGCUUGGGUCGACACGCAGAUACUGUCAGUAAAGCAGACAAUGAGACGUUGGCCCAGCUGCUGUACGCCAGCGUCAUCGUGUACAACAUUGCACUCUUCCUCGUGAAGGUCUCGAUCUUGUACCAGUAUCUUCGCUUCUUCGUACAAAGGAAUUAUCGCCUCGCAGCUUGGUGGCUUAUCGGCACCAUCGGCAUUGGAGGAUCCGCAUUCAUCCUCACCUCGUGCUUCUCAUGCUGGCCUAUUCGAUAUUACUGGGACAAAAGUAUCGAGGGCGGCCACUGCGUCGACUUGUUGGCUUUCUGGUUCAGCCUUUCGGCCUUUAAUAUCAUCACCGACUUGGCCGUUUGGUUUCUGCCGAUGCCGGUUUUGAAGAACCUUCAGCUUCCCCGGAAGCAGAAAAUCAGCUUGAUUGCGGUAUUCGCUCUGGGCGGAUUUGGCUGCAUUACUUCGAUCCUGCGACUCCAUGCCCUUUAUAUCACGAGCGUGUCGACCGAUCUUACCUACGAUAAUGUCGACGCCGCGACCUGGUCGGCCGCCGAGCUGAACGUCGGUAUCAUGUGCGCAUGUAUACCUGCGAUGCGCCCUGUGAUCAGUCUUAUCUUCCCACGUCUGCUGUCGAGUACACGGCGCGACCAUACGUCGGACCCUUACCCGCGAGGCGCAUCCUACUAUCGUAACGACAGUGUCGUUGAGUUGUCGCAUGUCAACAAAAUGCCGCGCAGUGACACGACCAGUCAGGAAGAGAGGAUCAGCUUUGAUACCACGCAGGCGCCGAAUACGAUUCGGGUGAAGCAGGAAUGGUCCAUUACAGAGCGCGUGGGAGUUUGAGCGCAUAUAUCCUGGAGUAUAGUUGUACGAUAUUACAAAAGCAAGGGAGGUGGGUGCAUGAGAGAGACAAGCAGAAAAGAAUACACGAGCGAUGAAAUUCCUUAGGCGGAACAUUGGGAGGCUGGUUGUUUUAGGGACGAAAAUGAACGAUACCUUUGGAAGUCCCCGGCCCAAGCAGUACUGGUGGUCAGGCUUCAUGUUGUUGCAGCACAGCAGGUGCAUAGCGUUAGUGAUGGUGACGGCGGUGGAGGGUGG